CUGAUUCUCUCUGGCUUGUCAGCGGUCUUUGGACAGCAGAGCUGGAGCUACAGCAACACAGUGUGUCGAGCAGAGAGAUGGAGGCAGAGCUGAGCGGCUGUGAGCUCGUAUAACCCGGAGAGGGAAACAUCAGCUGAAAGAGGGAACGAACCAUGUCUGAUCUCGCGGAGUGAACACCCUCACAGCAAAACCAGGCUCGUCCCAGAGACACCAGCGUCAUGAAGCCAGUCCUGUAUUGAGCCUCUCCUCGGUGGGUUGGCAUGGCCCAGUGAUGAACGGAGCGGUGGUGCCCGGUAGCCCGGAGCUCUCCUCCUCGUGCCCACUGCCUGACUGGCGAGAGUUCUGUGAGCUCCACGCUCGAGCCUCCGCUGCAGACUUUGCCGACAAAUUCCAGCGCUUCCUGUCGGAGAACCCGUGCUACGACUCGCCCGGCGCAGAUGCCAGCUUCUCGCAGCACUUCGCCCACCACUUCCUGGAGUGCUUCUCUGCAGCGCUGACCCAGGCCCGUGAGAACCAGGCUUCCUCGCCAGGGGAGAACGGCUCCAGCGCGGCGCCCAAGUACAGCAUUGUUCCUUUCCUGGGAAUCCAGGGCUGCCCUCUGUCCUACGGUCACGACCUCUACCAGAGACGCAAGGACGCCGGGGCUUCGAGUGAGUCCCUGGACAGUAUGGACAGCGGAGGGGGAGGGAUAGAUGGGGGAGGUGGUGGCACCAGUGCCACCCGAGGCCCCCAGCCGACCCACAAGGUGUCUGCUCUGGGACAGUCCCGCAGCUCGGAGGAUGUAUCGGUCAGUCACCCCAAAGCUCGCUUCAAAAAGGGCUUCUCCCUGAGGAACAUGAGCCUGUGCGUGGUGGAUGGGGUGAAGGAGAUGUGGCACCGACGGGCCUCCCCUGAGCCCGACCCUCCCUCUGGAGCCAGGAAGGCUAAUGGGGGAGGAGGAGGGGGAGGGGGAGGAGGAGCAGGGGGGGAGGCUGCAGGGGGAGAGAAGUGGUCCCAGAAGCUGCGGCUCCCCAGAGGUUCCCAGGGCCACAAGGCUGAGCUGCUUGAAAUCCAGAGGGAGGGAGCGCUGAGGUACAUGGUGGCUGAUGACACAAACUGUAUGGGCGCUGCACAGUGGCAGAAGUGCCGCCUGCUGCUGAGGAAGACGAAGAGGGAGGAAGGAGGAGAGAAGUUCCUGCUGGAGUUCUACGUACCACCAAAGUCCUCCAAGCCCAAAGUGAGCAUCCCUCUGUCAGCCAUCGUGGAGGUGAGGACCACCAUGCCGCUGGAGAUGCCUGACAAGGACAACACCUUUGUUCUUAAGGUGGAAAACGGGGGAGAGUACAUCCUGGAAACCAUCGACUCGCUGCAGAAGAACUCCUGGGUUGCUGACAUCCAGGACUGCACAGACCCAGGUGACAGCGGCGAUGACAUCGAGCUGGCGUCGUGUCCUCAUGGUCAGGCCUCCAAAGACUGCUCCAUGGUGGCCUCCUGCAGCUGCGAGCUGCUGUCUGAGGGUGUGUAUCGUGCUCCGGAGAGGUCAUGUCCUACAGCAGCAGAGCAUUACAGCGCCCCCUCAGUCCGUUGCAGGGAACCCCCCUUCACCCAGCACCCAUCUCACAUGCCUUUAGAGCGCUUCCUCCAGUCCCCAGAGGCCCAGGGCUCCAACUCCUCUGCAGGUGAAGGAGCAAAAGACUCAGAUGGCGAUGCCAGCUUGGCGGGUUACCCAUGGUUCCAUGGUACGCUGUCUCGUGUGCGUGCUGCUCAGCUGGUGCUGGCAGGCGGGGCCAGGAGCCACGGGCUCUUUGUGAUUCGUCAGAGCGAGACACGGCCGGGCGAGUAUGUCCUUACCUUCAACUUCCAGGGCAAAGCCAAGCAUUUGCGCUUGUCGGUGAACGAGAACGGGCAGUGCCACGUCCACCACUUGUGGUUCCACACUGUGUCGGACAUGUUGAGACACUUCCACGCCCACCCCAUCCCCCUCGAGUCUGGAGGCUCAGCUGACAUCACAUUACGCUCCUAUGUACAAGUGCAGCGAAGCUCCAGCACAGAUGUGACCGUGACUCCAGUUCUCACCCCACCCAGGGAGGCAGGCUGCCGGACAGAUUCAGCUCAGCCGGCCCUCCACCCUCCUGGGAUCCCAGCGCCUGCUGGGCCUCCUCCUGAUGCCCCACUCUCCUCAAGCACCUCCUCCUCACCCACCGCCCUCCCCUCCCUCUCCCGCAGUGACCCAGGUACCGGAGGAGGAGGAGGAGUAGGAGGAGGGUUAGUGAGCCGGAGCAACAGCUCUGAGCGCCUGCUGGAGGCCUCUAGUGGUGCGUCCGAGGACUACCACGAUGCCGAUGGGACUCGCAGGGCCCGAGCCGUGGAGAACCAGUACUCUUUCUACUAAACCGCCCAGGGCAGGGUUCAGCCAUGUAUUUUUCUGGAUGAGAUGCAGAAAGUUGGAGGUGACGUGGGACGCUGUGCUGAUGAUGAAAACGGUCCAAAUCACUGGAUCACCCAUUGUUUUGUUUGUUUUUGCUUCAAGGUCAUUUCCUGGUUCUCUGAUUUGAGAAAGGAGGUGACAUCAUGCCGAGCCAUUUGUCCACGCUGGUAAACUCCUCAGGCUCUUUGUUUCAGACACAUUUGUGAAGGUAGGAGUAAACAGACAAACAGAGGGCUAUAGGUAGACAUGGAGAGGGUGAGAUUGGACCUAGUUGUAGAAAUUGCAAUGGUGAAAAUAAGCGUAGGCAGCGGAAACAGGAGGAAGUCAUCUAGUGGAGUCAUGUGGCUUUGAUUCACCUCCUCAGACCACUUCCUGUUCACCCUUGCCCACAGUUCCCUGGGAGCAGAGCCUGUGUCACCACCCCGCUGAAGGACUGAGAGUUUGAAAUGACCCCGAAGAAACAGUCCCUCCCCUUCAGAGCUCUUCUGAGCUCCUGAGAGCAUCCCAUUAAUGUUUGUAAAGCUGCUUUGAGUCUGUCCCGGAUAUCCUCACUGUCCCUGCGGGGUUUCCCUACAAAGUCCUGCUCUGGGUCUCUGCUCUACACUAACAUCAGUACAGCAAUCAUGGGUGUGUUAGUGUUAGCUCAGAUAUGUUUUUCUUAAAUGUGUACAGCCUAAAGGGUCUUAGUGCCUGACAGUUACCUUGGACUUGAACAGACUGUUGCCUACAGCGAUGAGGAGGAUGAUGUUGACAUAAUCACAACAGCCCGAAAUAUAAAUGCAGGUGAUUAUUUUACCAUCGGUUUCUGCUUAAAACAUAACUGAAUGCGCAUAUCUCUGCAUACUGAAAUGGUUUUGUUCUUGCAGUUUUAUUGGUGGCUGCACAGGUGGUCAUAUGUUGUGUUACAAAAUCAGUUUCGAAAUGUUGAAAUGGAGGAUGAACAACACAAGUUCAGUCUGUACGAAUAUGGCAGGAUGGCUCCCAUUUUGCUGUCAUACUGGGUUAUUUCUAUGAGUGUGUGGUGGUGUAUUAGAGUCCAAAUGUCUUUCAAUGAUCAGUGUGCUACAGUAGUGUUUCUGAAACAUGGUUUUCGGGGUCCCUCCGUCUGGUGCUGGUUCUGUAUCAAGCUCAUCAUAUUGAUAACCUGUAGAUUAGAUAUGCUGUUAAUAUAGGAGUUCACUUUGAAGUAAUGCCUUGAAGAUAUUAUUAUACCAAAAUCCAGCAGAGGGAGGGACUUGGGACUUGUUUUUUAGAGAGGUGGCAGUAUUGCGUACUGUUAGUGCGGCCUGCAGGUGAACUUGUGGGUGUGAACUGGAAUGGUACAGUUUGUAAAGUAAAGGGUACUAGAUGGCCAUGCUUGAAUAGAAGAAUGCACUGCAUGCCGACACAGCACUGAGAUUCAGCAUUUUGUGGUAAUAAAUCAAAAGAAAACCUAAUUUUCACACCACAAAACAUUAAGGUUGAUAAGAACUGACACCUAAACUACAUUAUAAUAUGAAAUAUCAAUUAAAAUAUCCUGUUAAAGGAAAAGUUAAGACAUUUGGGAGUUAGAGUCACAUGAACCUAUGCUGCAAGCAGCUGGCUAAUUCACAGUAGCUUAGCAUAAAGACAGGAAAUGAUUGAACAGCCAGACUGUCUCUGUCCAAAUCGAACACCUCUAAGGCUCUUUAAUUAAAAUGUAUCUCAUUUGUUUAGUCCAUAUAAAAAUUGCAAAAAUGACAAUGACAGGAUUACGUGUGAGACUAUUUCUCGGUGGGGACCAGUUGCUAGGCAGCCAGUGGAGAAGUUACUGAUCCUGACUCAAAUCCAACCAAGAAAUAGUACGACAUAUAUCACCCUUGUAAAAUGGUGAUUUGUUGUUUUUACACUUUAACUUUUGACAUAAUGUGCUAAUUAGUUAGCUUUAGAGUGGCUAGUAGGUGGAUUUUGUUAGCUUUGGACAGAGCUAGGCUAGCUGUUUCCUCCAGUCUCCAGGUUUUGUGUGAAGUUAAAUUAGCCAGCUGAGUGUUAUUAAUGCUCCUCAUCCGUCUUUCAGCAAGGUAUCAAAUAAUUUCCAAAAUGUUGUGAGCAUGUUUCCUUUAAAGCUUGUUUGUUACACUUGAAAACAUAAAAACAGACGCCCUUCAAAUUACUGCAAGCAGGCAGUACGCAGCUACUGUAUUUCAAACAUAGUGUGCAACACUUUUGUUCAGUUGAAAUAAACAUAUCAAGGCUCAACGUCUGUCUUGUCAAGCAUGGCCAUUUAGCUUCGAAGGUGAAUUUGAUUGGAGGAGCAGACAAAGCAGUUCAUGUGCCAAUUUGAAUCCUAUUUUUGAAACAUAUUUAUUCCUCAGCCGUUGUAAAUUACAUUUUUCCUAUUGAGUCUUAUUUAUGUACAAUUGAUUGAUUCUUCUUGAUGAAACAUCCUCAGUGGAACCUGUCUGUUGCAACAGUCCAUCUCACAUAUCACAGAUUUGCUCAUGUCUCCCUUUUAUUUUCUUAACACUUCUUAAAGCUGAAUUUUCUGUUGUCUGACUGAGUUUUGAAGAGUCUGUGCAAUUUUGUACAAAGUGAUGUACUUGACAUACUACUUUAUAUUUCUGUGAAUAAAAUGUGAACAAACUA